AUGUCGAAGCCUGAGCCUAAUGUAGUUGUUCCCGAUGGAGAUGCAGCCAAAGGAGCGAAAAUCUUCAAAACAAAAUGUGCGCAGUGUCACACAAUCAACAAAGGGGGGAGCGUGAAGCAGGGACCUAAUCUACACGGAUUUUACGGACGUAAAUCAGGAUCCACAGACUACGCAUACUCCGACGCAAAUAAAAAUUCAGGAAUCGUGUGGAGCGAUAAACACCUGUUCGUGUAUCUGAUUAACCCGAAGCAGUACAUUCCGGGCACAAAAAUGGUUUUCGCCGGAUUAAAGAAGGAACAAGACAGAGCAGACUUGAUUGCAUAUCUCAAGGAAGCGUCCGCCAAAUAA